GUCUCCACAGAAUACAUCGAUUCCAUAGAUUUUAUAGACCUCAUAGACUUUGUUGACUCUAUGGACUCCAUAAAUUUCAUAGCCUUCCUAGUCUACAUAAAUUCCAUAAUUUCCAAAGACUCUACAGACUCCAUAGAUUACAUAGACUCCGUAGACUUUAUAGACCUCAUAGACUUCGUCAACUCCAUGGAUUCCAUAGAUUACAUAUACUCUGUAGACUUUAUAGACCUCAUAGACUCCAUAGAUUCCAUUGACUCCAUAGAUGUCACAAUCUCCCUAGUUUCUAUGGGCUUCAUAGUUUCCAUAGACUCCAAAGAUUACACAGACCCUGUAGACUUCAUAGACCUCAUGAACUCAGUGGACUCCAUAGACUUCAUAGUCUCCCUAGUCUCAAUAGACUUCAUAGUUUCCAUAGACUCCAAAGAUUACACAGACCCUGUAGACUUCAUAGACCUCAUGAACUCAGUGGACUCCAUAGACUUCAAAGUCUCCCUAGUCUCAAUAGACUUCAUAGUUUCCAUAGACACCAAAGAUUACACUGUAGACUUUAUAGACCCCAUGAACUCCAUGGACUCCAUAGACUUAAUAGCCUCCCUAAUCUCAAUAGACUUCAUAGUUUCCAUAGACUCCAAAGAUUACACAGACCCUGUAGACUUUAUAGAUCUUAUGAACUCCAUGGACUCCAUAGACUUCAUAGUCUCCCUAGUCUCAAUAGACUUCAUAGUUUCAAUGGAUUCCAAAGAUUACAUAGACCCUUUAGACUCUAUAGACCUCAUAGACUCUAUAGACCUCAUAGACUCCAUGGACUCCAAAGAUUACAUAGACCCUGUAGACUUUAUAGACCUCAUAGACUCCAUGGACUCCAUAGACUUCAUAGUCUCCCUAGUCUCAAUAGACUUCAUAGUUUCCAUAGACACCAAAGAUUACACUGUAAACUUUAUAGACCUCAUGAACUCCAUAGACUCCAUAUAGUCUCCCUGAUCUC